UUCACUUCACCCUUUGAUAUUCAGACAGCGUUCAUACUUUCGUAGAAGAAGAAGAAGAAGAAGAAGAAAUGGGAGGUGGGUCAAUGAAAUCGAACCCAACCAAGGCGAGGAAGAGGGUGGAGGCCACUGAGGAGUCAAGUGUACCUUCUCUUGUUCGUGGCAAGGACGGCAGUGCCUUUGCCCGAUGCGAGGAGUGCAACAAGAAUGUCCCAGUGGCACUCAUCAGCAUGCACAGCUGUAGCCUUGAUGCUAAAAUCAAGUUGCAUCUGAGCUCUCAAGUUGUGGAAAGGCAGCCUGAAGCGAAUAAGAAGUCUCCCACAGAGAGGAAGAGGUCCACUACAUCAGAACCCAAGUCAAAGAGAGCUAAGAAGGACAAAGAUCCAAAUGCACCCAAGCGCCCUCUCACUGCCUUCUUCCUCUUCAUGGACGAUUUCAGGAAAUCCUUUAAGGAAGCUAAUCCUGAUUCGAAGCUUGUUAAGACGGUUGCAAAGGAGGGUGGCGAGAAGUGGAAGUCUAUGACUGACGAGGAGAAGAAGCCAUAUGUGGAUAAGGCAGCUGAGCUUAAAGCAGAGUAUAAAAAAGCAUUGGAGAUGGAGACUGAUGAUGCUGAUGUUGAUGCCGAUGCCGAUGCAGAAGUUGGGGAUGAUGAAAUUGAAGGAGGUUCAGAGAAAGAAGCUUCAGAGAAGGAAGUUUAAUGAAUGUGUCCUCCAUUUAGGGAAAUGGUGUCUAAUACAUGUUUCUGGAUUCUUGUAAAUUCUCAGUCUGGUUUUGUUCGAAUAGAUAUAAUGGCAGUUUUGGUAGUUCUGUGUUGAAAUAGGAAAUGUUUAGUGCCUUGCUUACUCACUGUCUUGUGGGAUUGGAACUUGGAAUGAUGAUGAACAGUUGCAUUUCGUAGCAUUUUAAGUUA